AUAUGCUCACUCGUAAACAUUUUGGGCGGCAGUGAUUGGUCAAAGUUGAACCGUGUCAACGUGAUGCGUCUACAUACUCCCUCAUCCUACUUGACAGCUCCAUAACAUUGCGUUCGUCGGAGCGGGUCCCACCUGGCUGACUUCUGACUGUUCCGCCUGCUGUUCACUCGUUUUUCGGACGAGACCUGGAGGAGACAUGGCCUCUCAGGAGACCCUUAACGAUUUGGGCUGCAGUUCGUCCGAGGAGGACAGUAACCGUGCGGAUUUGACAGAGGGGACAGCGGAACAGAAGACAUCCUCUGUGGAGGCGCGUCGGCGUCAUCCGUUCAGCGUGGAGGCGCUCAUGUCCGAGGGGAAGGCGGAGAGCCGCGGUGGAGAGUCCACCUGCUGCAAACCGGAGGGAGGUUCUGUCGCGAUGUCACCUGUGGGUUCAAACCCCAUGCAUCUGUGUCGGGAGACCUGCAGUCUUCCCGGGGGAAGCCGAAACAGUUUAACGGCCGCGCCUUUGUCGCCGGUAAAAUCCGAGGCGUCAGAGUCAGAGGACUGCGCUCCCUGGGUCACUAACAGCGCGUUUUCCAUGCAGCCUCGUCAUCCAAGUCCUGCCUGUCCACUGAGGAAACACAAAACCAACCGAAAGCCCCGCACUCCCUUCACCACAUCUCAGCUCCUGGCCCUGGAGAGGAAGUUCAGGCAGAAGCAGUACCUGUCCAUCGCCGAACGGGCCGAGUUCUCCUCCUCUUUGACCCUGACAGAGACACAGGUGAAGAUCUGGUUCCAGAAUCGCCGGGCCAAAGCCAAGAGGCUCCAGGAAGCCGAGCUGGAGAAACUCAAGAUGGCUGCUGACGCCAAGUCAGCUGCGGUGGCAGCAGCCGCAGCUGGAGGUUUACACCCUGGCUUUACGUUACCGUUGUCACUGGGUGCCAUGUCGCUGUAUGGACAAACGUACUCUGCCUAUCAACACCACCACAGACCCAUACUGCCCAUUUCACCUUUAGGACUGUACGCUGCUCCUCUGGGCUACGGCAUGUACCACUUAACAUAAACAUGGAAAUAACACUGACUUUGGUGAAAUGUGUUUCUGAGGAUUCCCAAAAAGGGACACAGAGGACCAAGUGACUGACAUUUUUUUUUUUAAAAAAUCAAUGUUUAUAAUAUAUCUACUGCACAAGGAGUGUUUGAACUUUUCGAGCACUUCAAGUAAAUUUAAAAUUCUGUUUUUUCCCACAGUGAGGAUAAAAUAAGAACAACUUAGAUGUCCUCCUGCCCCAUUGGACUGCCUGUUUACAUGACUUGUCAGUAUGCGGGGGGGGCAUAACUGUCCAGCUGUUUAUACUUGUUUACUUUUGCAAUAAUUGAGCUGGGCGAGGACUUGCACUGGGCACAAUAAUGCAAAGUUCAGCUUUACACUUAAGCCUUUCUCUUCAUUCGAGACCGUGCCUUGUCUUGGACCUUAAUAUCAAGUACACUUGUGUGGAUGAUGAGUGUUUCAGUAACUCAGGCCAAAUAAAACAUAUCACUGAAAUGUUCUUUUAAUUUCCAUUCUGAUAAAUGGUUUGCCUUGGAAAACAGUUUUCAAACCUUUUCAGUUUAUAAAAUUGACUCAUAAUUAAGAUUUGUGUGCUUUUCAGAAUGGCAAUGCUUAACCCUCAAAUCAGUCAUCUCAGUCAAAACUUAAGUGUAAUUUGAACUUUUUAUUUUCAUCACUCCUUCAUGUCCUUACCACACAUUUUUAGAGCGCAGACUUAUUUAUUCUCUUUGAAAUAUCAUAAUGCUGGAAAUGUCUGAGUGCCUUAUUUAUGGUUGUGAGAAUAUGGUACUAAAGUUCUGACCAAAAGUAUAUUUAUACUGUACUUCCUGCGCAUCCCUUUGAAAGGGCCUACAUCAUGCUAUGCAGUUUAUACCUAUAUAUGUUUUUCUACCAAUGUUUUAUCGUCCAAAUGAACUAAAAAGUUCAAGCCUUUCAGUCUUUGUCCUUCAAAUAAAUGCCAUUAUGUGUAAAAAAAUAAAGUAGCACUAUGUAAACAUG